AAACCAAGUUUACUGGACUUUACACUCAAUUUUAGGAAAUUUUCUCAGUGUUGUUUCGAGAUAUAUUCUUAUUUUCGUUUUAUAAUCGAUGACAAUUUAUGAUGGUAGCCAUGAGCUAAAAGGAUUAGGAACAAAGUUCAUGUAGUUAAUGGCCACAAAAUGUGUGAUUGCAUUCAACUCGGGGAUUAUGUCUGCUGUCCAAGAGGAGAUAGACCGCAGGAUAAAUGUAUUGAAAUUGGCAACUAUAUUUGCUGUCCACGGGAAAACCCAACAUGUAAACCAUGUUCAAACCACAACUCUUUCUGCUAUGGAAGUGCCCGGGCCAAGUCAUGUCAUUGCACUCGAUCACGAUCAGAGGAACCGCAACAACAACAGCGUUAUGUAGAAGAGAAAUUUUCAAAUAUGAUUCCACCAAGUUUUCUAUGUAAAAAUACAGAUCCGCCGAAACCUAAAAAGGUGCGUAAGCCAAAAGUUUCCAAGAAGGAGAAGGAGAAGGUAGAUGAGGAGGCGGCACGUGAUGAAUCAAAUAAUGUGCCUUCAGCGCCUAUGAGGCCAGGAAUUUAUAUGCCCGAAGGGAUGACUCUGGCACCAGAGAUUCCACAAGUGAAUGCUGAUGGAGGCGAUGUAGGAGCUGAAGCAGGAGCAAGAGAACAGCCACAGGGAACAAUCCCGAAUCCGAAUGGUCUGGGUUAUACGCCGGGCUAUCUACCAGGACAGGCGGGCAAUCCACCAGGACAGGCGAGCUAUCCACCAGGACAGGCGAGCUAUCCACCAGGACAGGCAAUUCCGGGAUAUGGAGCAAAUGUGCCGACGGGUUAUAUGCCGCCAGGUUCGUCUACAAUUCCGGGUACUACAACUGCUCCAGGACAAGCCUAUCCAGGAUAUGUACCAAAUGUGCCGCAGGGAUACAUGCAGCCAGGAUCCUCUACACUUCCAGGAGUGGCUGCGUCCACAUUCCCUGGCUAUGCACCUGGAUCAGAGGGUUUGCCCAUUUAUCAACCAGGAACCAUUCCUUUACCGGGUCAAACAACAGUAAAUCCAAACUUAGGAUAUCCGGGCUACCCACCAGCACCUUACGCUCCUUAUGGCUCCCCAUUUGGUUAUACUCCACAAAUGCCAGCGGGAGAUCCCAACAGUUUGGGAUCCGUCGAAGAGGGAUCGACAUCCAGACAAAAGCAUCAAGCUGCAGGCCUGCCCAGUCACCGUCAAACACCGUUCAAUCCGUGCACCGGAGAGGAAUGCAAUCGUGAUGGAUAUUCGAUGCGCCGCAGUAAGUCAAGUGCCCCAACUCCACGUGCUCGCAAUGGUCUGGGGGUAGGGUUUGCACCGGAGCGGGAAUAUCAACCACAUCAAGUUGAGGAAUCGACCAAAUCUGCCAGUGAAAGUAAUCGGGAUGAGACACCGUCCUUCAAUUGCUGUUGUCAUUGCUCUCUCAGCUCUGAUCUUAUCGAGCGAAUUUGCAAAUCUUUGCAAAUAUCGUCGUGUCCUUGUGUCCAGAAUUGCUGUUCUGCGGGUUGUCCCAAAAUGAAUGCCACCAAGAAGCCAACUGUCAGCACAAUUCCUGCGCCGCGUCGUAAGCCAAUACCAAGCAGAAGCGGCACCUCCCAGCUGGGUAAGAAGGAUGACCAGACUUUGGACAGGGAUAAUAACAAACUAGCAGCGGGUCCCUCAAAAUCUGCAGCGUCAGCCAGACGUAUUGGAUCACACACUGGUAGUAGUGGUGGCUCACCCCCAAGAGGAGAGGAGCGACUGCCGGCUACAACAUCGGAAGAAUCACCAGCAACUGCCGCAUCGUCAACGCAUGCAGCACCUGGCAAAGGAGCAGGAUCUAAAUUUUCUGCCUGUGGUUGCGGAUGCAAGGACUUUUCGACACAUGUGCCCCCUCCACCGGCAACGAGGACCUGUAGUUGCUAUGCUAACCUAAUGGCUAGAUCCGAUGACAGUACCCAGACACCGCCACCGGAAACGAAUGAUGCAGUAGUUUUACCGCCAAUUGGGAGUCAAGGUGGUGAUCUCUGCUGCAAAAUGGGGGGCAAUGGCGCUACUUGUUGCAGUGGAGGCGCCUGUGGCGGAACAGGAGCAGGUUGCUGUAAGGCUGGUCACAGUGCAUGCUGUGGCAAUUCCUGCUGUUGGCCCUACUAUUACUACUAUGAUCCGUGUACGGGUCUAUAUUAUUGCUAUCGCAAUUGUUGCUACAAUAACUGCUACAAGAACACUAAAUGCUGCAAUUCAUGUUGCAAUAACUCAUGUUGCAAGUCAAAUAACAACAACAAUAACAACGACAAGAAAUCUCCAACCCAAGAGCCUAAGAAAACAACAAAAGAAACAAAAAGUAACCUAUCCGCCACCAAUUCGUCAAAGCGCAAGGAAACUAAAACCACAGCGGCCCGUAAAAGCAAUCAACGGAACAUGGGUGGCGAUGCCAUGGUACCCUAUCGUCCGGAAAUGCAAGAUCUUUACGAGCAAUGGAUUAACUUUCAAGAAUAUCUCAAACAAUAUCAACCCCAAGCUGCUCCCAUGGCCAACCCAAUGCCAGGACCAAGGACAGCCCCAACACCAGCUUCGACACCAAAUCCGUAUGGCUAUUAUGCUGCCGCCAUAUCGACGCCAUUUUACUUUGCCCCAUCAUCCUAUCCCAAUCAAAUGAAUAACCCCGCAGCGGGUAACGGAUAUUGAUUGGACGCCACAGUAAUGGAUGAAUGGACGGAUACAUAAUGGAGAUGGGAUUCAUUUACAUUCUUUUGUCGAAAUUUAACGUUGAAUUUUUAUCAAGUUCUAUGCUAAAUUAAAGCAAAACCACAAAAUAAACAAAGUCCUCUGACUUUAUUCUAUUCCAUAAAA